GAAAGGAGGAGACGUGACGGGGCUGUUGAAAUUAUUCUCUUGGUUUCCCACCACCACCACAGUGUCCCGCGCUCCCUGUGUGAAUACUACAGCAGUGGUGUUUAAAGUUCCAACCAUCGUCUGGCUCUCAGCAGCAGUCCCGAUAGUGAGGUUUGGCACACAGGACACCGGGGGAUCGGACGAGGUCAUGGCCAACCGUGGAGGAGCUACGAGACCCAAUGGACCCAAUGCAGGGAACAAGAUCUGUCAGUUUAAGCUGGUCCUCCUGGGGGAGUCCGCCGUUGGGAAGUCCAGCUUAGUGCUCCGCUUCGUCAAGGGUCAGUUCCAUGAAUUCCAGGAGAGCACGAUAGGAGCUGCCUUCCUCACCCAGACAGUGUGUUUAGAUGACACAACGGUGAAGUUUGAAAUCUGGGACACUGCCGGUCAGGAGCGUUACCACAGUUUGGCCCCCAUGUAUUACAGAGGAGCGCAGGCAGCCAUCGUGGUCUACGACAUCACCAACGAGGAGUCUUUUGCGCGGGCAAAGAACUGGGUGAAGGAGCUGCAAAGACAAGCUAGCCCUAAUAUAGUCAUCGCUCUGUCGGGCAACAAGGCCGACCUCGCUAACAAGAGAGCUGUUGACUUCCAGGAUGCCCAGUCCUACGCAGAUGACAACAGCUUACUCUUCAUGGAGACAUCGGCCAAGACAUCUAUGAACGUGAAUGAGAUAUUUAUGGCUAUUGCUAAGAGAUUGCCGAAGAGUGAGCCACAGGCUGCAGGAGCCAAUAGUGGGCGGAACCGGGGAGUGGACCUGACGGAGGCUGCCCAGCCGGUCAAGGCUCCGUGCUGCAGUGCCUAAAGUGAAGAGCGCCUUCCUUCAAAACAACCUGUAGAGCAGUAACUGAUGCGGCCGAUGCCCUGAAAGCCACCGCAGUAAAGCAAUGUGUUGUACUCUUAUCUCCCAUUCUCUGAUCGGCGAAACGAUGCCCUGUGCCCCCCCCCCCCCCUUCAAGUCAAUGGUAUUACACUGAUUUCUCCACUUGGCUUUGCCUCUUUCUCUCCAUCAUGGUUCUGCUUACCUUGUUAAGUCCCCUAACAAUUAUGUUCUACUUUACAUCUAUUGAUUAGUAUUGAUGUAUUUAGUGACAGCAGAUAUUAGAGAUGUUAGUAUGCCUUGCCUUCCACUGUUAGCCGUCUCAACUUGUAGAUUCAAUUUGAGGAAGUGCUUACUUCCCUGUUUUUGGGGUAGCUUAACACUUUACCGCUGCAUUGCUAAUACCAGUCUUUUGUUUCGUUUAAUUUUUGAUAAUUGUGUUACUUAUUGUUAGCUAUAAAAAAAAAAUGAAUUAUGGAUGCACAAACCUAUAUACUUACAAGGCCUACAAUAGAAAAACUAAAAACCUUUUGUCUAGAGUAGCAUAGAAAUAUGUCUGUCUAGAGAUGAGGAGGUGUAUACUUGUGAAUCUAGUAAAGAUGGAAGGGCAGAGAGAGCGAACCCCAAAAACCCAAAGCGCCACACCUCCCUCUCUGUCCUUUGGACCCUUUUAUCUUAAAGUUUAAAAAAAACAUUUGUGGACUGUAGUCCUUUUAGAUUCUCCCACGUGGUCAUGUCCUUUCGCCGACUAAUCCCAAAGUAGCACUAGUGAACAUUAUCUCAGGCUCCACUCUGGAGUCCAGUCUGCUUCUGGCUGUCCCGAGUGGCAUUGUGCAAUGUGUCACAGUAUUUACUCUGUGACUUGAGUGUCUGUGAGGACCGACUCAGCGCAGCAAACCCCCGUUCCACCCAGCUUCACCACAACACGGCCCAUGGGCCUCAUCAGUGGCACCGCCGUCCCGCCUUCUAAUGCAGUGUCCCUUCAUACAUCUUGUUUAGAUCGUCUCUGUGGUUAUACCCGGGCCUUUGGAUGAUUUAGUGUAUGCAGAUCACCGUUUCCAUUGUGUUACCUUGCUGCACCGCUGCGGGGGUUUGCACCUGGUAAAAAGAGACGGUGAUGGCAGUGAGUUGGGAGUUGCCAUAUGUAAGGCUUCAUAAUCACCUUUGAAUCAUCAUUAUUGUCAUGUUUAGGAAGUGCUUUAGACACGGAGAUGUGUCAAGGUGUACAAACUGGGCCUGGGCUGGCUGGCUGAUGACAGAUUUUUUUCAAUAGACUCACUCGUGCGUGCGUGUGAACACACAUUUGCACAUUAACACGCAAGUUUAAUUGACUUCGGUCUGAACUCUGUCGGACAUAAACAACACUGUAUAUAAGCACACGCACACACACACACAUACGUCUGUUACAGUCUCUCACUUAUAUUGAGUGCACACUUUUUAUUCCUGUCCCACUCCCUCACUAUAAUGUUACACAUAGCAACAUGUACACACACACAGACACACACACACAUACAAACACACAUACAUAUAUGUGACCAAUAACUCUUUUUAGAGGUCUUACUCGAGCCUUGCACUAAUGAUGCUCAUGAAUAUAUAUUGUCAUAAUUACAGCCAGUGUGAUAUAAAUAUAUAUAUAUAAAUAUAUAAAUAAUAUACUGUAAAUAGGGUGUUGCAGUGUAGUCCACAUGUUUUCGAUUUACCAGUGACGGGACUAAUGCUUGUUAGGCAGUUGUCUAGAUAAUCAUAAAAGAAAACUGUACAGUUAGCAAAAAAAACAGCUAGAAUCUAAGUUUGGAGUUUUGUUGCCGUUCCUUUUCACACAAAUGGUUAAAUUAUAAUCAGUGGUGGUCUUAUAAGUGUAUGUAGUGGUAUUAACAAAAAAUGAAAUUGCAUUUAUUAGUUGUCUUCUCUUGUAUCUUUUUCUCAAAAGAAAAAAUAAUAAUAUCCAAACAUUUUGGUUUCUAUUUUUUUAACAUUAUCUCUUUCUUGAAUUUCACUAAUUAUGUUGUUGUUGUGUCAGGCGGUCCAGCACUCGUCGCUGUUGUUCGAGCCGAUCUUCCAGAAACACUGAUGGUAAAAGCUACAGAGGAGUCGGACACAGUACAGAUCCAUGAACCAACAGUCGGCCCCUUCAUAACAAUUCAGUAACCUUGUGACGAUAUUGUAGGAACAGUGUAACAACUAUCAGCUGGCACGAUGGUGAUUCAUGAAUAAAUUAAUUAACAAAUUAUAA